CCGACGAUCCCCUCCCCAGUCGAAGCGUCUCCUCUCCUCUCCUCCCUCUCCCUCUCCCCCCUCUGUCUCUCUCAAAACAAAAGGAAAGGGGAGAAAUUGGAGGAGAAAUAUGUUCAAAUUCCUCAAGGAGGUGGUCUCCGGAUCCGGAUCGGGGCUCAAGGAUUUACCCUACACCAUCGGGGAGCCCUACUCCACGGCGUGGGGAUCGUGGACGCACCACCGCGGCACCUCCAAGGAUGAUGGGUCACCAGUAUCCAUAUUUUCUCUUUCAGGGAGUAAUGCUCAAGAUAGGCACUUAGCUGCUGGCCGCAAUGGUGUUAAGAGAUUACGUACUGUGAGGCAUCCAAAUAUUUUAUCUUUCCUUCACAGUACUGAGGCAGAAGUUUUUGAUGGAUCUACUGCCAAGCAUACAAUUUACAUUGUGACAGAGCCUGUUAUGCCACUAUCAGAAAAGCUAAAGGAACUGAAAUUAGAAGGUACACAGAGGGAUGAGUACUAUGCAUGGGGACUUCACCAGAUAUCAAAAGCUGUGAGCUUCCUAAAUAAUGAUUGCAAACUUGUUCAUGGUAAUGUAUGCUUGGCUAGUGUUGUUGUUACUCAAACCUUGGACUGGAAGCUACAUGCCUUUGAUGUUCUAUCAGAAUUCGACAGUAGUAAUGAGGCUUCUAAUAACCCUAUGCUGCAAUUUGAGUGGUUGGUUGGAUCGCAAUACAAACCGAUGGAAUUAUCUAAGUCAGACUGGGCAACAAUUAGAAAAUCACCUCCAUGGUCAAUUGAUUCUUGGGGUUUGGGAUGUUUAAUUUACGAACUCUUUUCUGGUAUGAAGUUGGCCAAGACAGAGGAACUGCGCAAUAUUGCUUCAAUUCCAAAGUCUCUACUUCCAGAUUAUCAGAGGCUCUUGAGUUCCAUGCCAUCACGUAGAUUGAAUCCCUCAAAACUUACAGAAAACGGCGAAUAUUUUCAUAAUAAGUUGGUAGAGACAAUCCAUUUCAUGGAAAUACUAAAUUUAAAGGACAGUGUUGAAAAAGAUACUUUCUUCCGCAAGCUUCCAAACAUAGCGGAACAGCUACCCCGCCAAAUUGUCUUGAAAAAGCUGCUUCCUCUGUUAGCUUCUUCCUUGGAAUUUGGUUCAGCUGCUGCUUCUGCAUUGACUGUCCUAUUAAAGAUGGGUUCCUGGCUUCCAGUUGAUGAAUUUAAUGUCAAGGUAUUACCAACAAUUGUGAAGCUUUUUGCCUCUAAUGAUCGAGCUAUCCGAGUUGGUCUUUUGCAACAUGUAGAUCAGUUUGGGGAAUCUUUGACAUCUCAGAUUGUUGAUGAACAAGUAUUCCCUCAUGUUGCCACAGGGUUCUCUGAUACCUCUGCUUUUCUUCGAGAAUUGACACUGAAGUCCAUGCUUGUUUUAGCACCCAAGUUAUCGCAGCGAACAAUUUCGGGAUCUUUAUUGAAGUACCUUUCUAAGCUACAGGUAGAUGAAGAACCAGCUAUCAGGACUAAUACUACAAUUCUACUUGGAAACAUAGCAAGCUACAUGAAUGAGGGGACAAGGAAGAGAGUCUUAAUUAAUGCAUUUACAGUUCGCGCUUUGAGAGACACCUUCCCUCCAGCACGUGCGGCAGGACUUAUGGCUUUGAGCAUCACAAGUUCGUAUUAUGACAUGACAGAGGUUGCAACUCGCAUCCUGCCUAAUGUUGUUGUCCUCACCAUUGAUCCAGAUGGUGAUGUAAGGACAAAGGCAUUUCAAGCUGUUGAUCAAUUUUUGCUAAUAGCAAGGCAAAACCAUGAGAAGCUAACUACUGGCGAUAGUCUAGGCGCAGAAAUUGCUGGCAUUCAGUUAAAUCCUGGACAUGCUGGUUUACUUGGGUGGGCAAUGAGUUCUCUGACACAAAAAGGAAAAGCUUCUGAGCAUCCACUUCCUUCUGGAAACACUAAUAACGUAGUCUCGGCUUCCUCUGAUGCCAGCGCUGUUAUCAACUCGCAAGGUGUUGCGGCAGUGCAAGCUGCAUCCACUUCCAGCUCUCUCGACCAACCCAGCCCACCAUCUCCUAGGUCAGUGGACGGAUGGGGUGAGCUCGAUGAUGGAAAUCUCCAUGAUGAUAUUCAUGAUAGUGAUAAAGAAGGAUGGGAUGACGUCGAUCCGCUCGAGGAGCAGAAGCCGCCUCCCCCUUCGCUCACAAAUAUACAAGCCGCUCAAAAACGGCCUGUAGUGCAACCAAAACAACAAGCCACAGUAAACCCGUCACGAACCCAACCAACAGUGAAGGCAUUGAAAGCAGAAGAUGAUGAUCUUUGGGGUUCUAUAUCUGCGCCGGUGCCUAAAACUGCGCCAAACUCGUCACACAAUGAUGUGGAUGAUCUCUGGGGUUCUAUAGCUGCUCCGCCACCGAAGUCGGCGACAAAGCCACUGAAACCUGCAGUGGUAAAUGAUGACGCUGAUCCGUGGGCAGCCAUUGCCGCCCCUCCUCCGACUACCAAAGCUAAGCCCUUAUCCUUAGGGAGAGGUCGCGGCACGAAGCCCGCGCAGCCUAAGUUGGGUGCGCAAAAGAUAGGUAGAACAUCUUCAUCUGGGAUGUAAGUGGCAUAAAACACUAAGUGUGAUUCUGUAGCAUUUUAAGAGAGCUCGGUUCCCAUUUUUUGUAGACAUUUUGAAACAUUUACUUCAAUUUUUUUUUUUUUGGGUUUUUUUUAAAAUGUACUUCAGACUGAGUUUGUAUACGUCUUAAAAUGUGUAUUUGUACAUUAUUAUUAGACAUUGGAUUUGAUUAAUUUAUCAGUUUGACUUUCCGCAGUUA